AUCCACUUCGCUCGAAACCACACCUUCGACAUGCCAUAGAAAUCAGAUAGGUCAAAACGCUGAACUUUCAGCAAGCAACUCAGUUGGAGGGUGUGCCUGUUUGCUGUGGUAGUGAGAAGUCUUCAGCGUAACUGCCCUCGCUUGCUUGCCCAGUUGUAAUACACUACCCCGUUUCACUCUUGAAGACAUUUUUGCUGGUUUGAAGGAGGGAUAGGAGAUAGGAGGGGGACUUUAAUUAAGUCUGUGGAUCUCAGUUUUUUAAACGCAGCAGACUUUCCUAUUCAUAUCUGGAUUUGUAAAAGCAGUCGCAAUGGGGGAUGUGGUCUCAACACACCUUGAUGAAAGCAAACGGGAGCUCAUCACCGCACGCACAGGAGAGGUCAUCGGCGAGUUUGGCCGAUUGUAUGAGCAGCAGUUCGUGGUUGCCCUGUUUAACAAAGUGCGCUUUGAUAUCGAAGGGGGCGGAGGACCUCAGCCCCAGCUGCUGCACCGCAAGGUUCCUCUGCAGGACAAGUCCAUCUUCUCAGGCACGCUGUUCCAGUACCUGGAAGAGAACAAGAAGUGGAGGAAUCGAUUCCUCUUCAUCCCAGACUCCUAUAAUGUCAACUUCUACGACAGCAAGGCGGGCUAUGAGAAAGGCCUUCAUCCCAAAGGGUCCAUCAACUGUGCGGGGUAUCGAGUGUUGACCUCCAUGGACCAGUACCUGGAGCUACUGGGUCACAGUUUACCAGAUGUCAAGGCAAAGUCCAGCAGUUCUCCAUUUCUGAAAUGUCCGACCCAGUUCCCUCUGAUCCUGUGGCAUCCCUACGCUGCCCACUACUUCUUCUGCGUGGUGGCCGAGAAAGACCAGCAGAAAUGGAACGCCGUCUUCCAGGACUGUGUCAGAGACACCAACAACGGUCUGUCAGAGGAGAGCAAAGUCCAGACUCCAGCUUUCACAGACGCAGUGCGCCUCUACCGCCAGGCCCAAGGGCAGUACGGCACCUGGGACAUGAUGUGUGGGACCCCGCCACAGAUUCUGGCCAACCUGGUGAUGGAGAAGCUGCAGCCUGAGCUACGAGACCUCAUCUCCCCCCGACUGAAGGGCAAACUGCAGGAGCGGCUGAGGAGCUGGACACUGAUCUCGGAUGCAGUGUACCGGCUGGUGCAGUCCCAGGCCAAGGCUCAGUACGAGGCCAUUGUGCAGAGCUGCGAGGCGGGCAGCCCUCCUCUGGAGGCCACGAUACGCACCGACAUGGACCAGAUCAUCACCUCCAAAGAGCACGUCACCGGCAAAAUCAGAGCCCUGGUCCUCCCCAAGGCAGAAAAGCUGCUGAAGGUCAGCAUCCAGCCGUACAUCAGUUCCAUCCUGGAGGCCCUGAUGGAGCCCACCAGCCGCGGCUUCUUCGAGGUGCGCGACGUCUUCUUCCGCGAGCUGGUGGACAUGAGCAAGAACCUGGUCAACGACGGCAGCAAAGAGAAGCUGGGGGAGCACAUGGAGAAGAUCUCCAUGCUGGCGUUCCACCCAGUGAAGAUGCAGUGCUGCUACGAGAAGGUGGAGCCACUGAGCCUGGAGGGCCUGCAGCAGCGCUUCGACGUGACCAGCCCCUCUGUCUUCGUCCAGAGAGCGCAAAUCCUCAUGAGAGAGCAAAUGGAUGAUGCGGUAUACACUUUUGAGCAACUCCUACACCAGGGCCUGGAGGGACAGGAGGGGGACGACCUCACCAAGGCCAUCCAGCGCUCUCAGGAUCGGGUCAUCAAGAAAUUUGACUAUGACAGCAGCACGGUGCGGAAGCGGUUCUUCAGAGAGGCCCUCCUGCAGAUCUUCAUCCCUUACAUGUUGAAGCAGCUCUCUCCAUCGUGUACUCCAGAGCUUCCGAACUUCCAGGAGUUGAUCUUUGAAGACUUUUCUCGCUUCAUCCUAGUGGAGAACAUCUUUGAGGAGGUGGUGCUACACACAGUCAUGAAGGAUAUCAUGAUGGCUGUUAAGGAGGCUGCCGUCCAGAGGAGGCAUAACCUGUACAGGGACAGCAUCGUACUGACCAACAGUGACCCCAACCUCCACCUUCUGAGUGAGAACCCACAGAUCGACUGGGCCGGCGAGUACGGAACGGAAAAGGGGGACGGGGACGGAGCUGAGCAGGACGCCGAGAACAACGACAUGGACGAUGACCCGGAGGUACAGAAGAGGCGCAGGAUGAAGCAAGUGGUGUCCAUGAUCCAGGUGGACGACUGCGGGUUGCCCGAGUCGUGCUUGGAGAUACCCGGUGUGGAGGACAUCCCCGAGGAAACUGAGGGAGAAGUGGACCAGAGAUGUGGAGGCGAGGCAUCGACGACCCCAGAAAUCACCGCCAAAGUGCCCAAUGGGACGAGCAGCAGUGGCGCUCCCAGUCUGGCCAAUGGGAAUGACCUGAAGGUGGAGGACACUGCAGCUGCCAGCGGUCAGGGAGAUCAGAGCCUUGCGCCAGUGAAGGAGGCCUCCAGAGAGGCUGCAGAGGUGGAGAGCCCUCCGCCAGACCCGGCCGUCGAGAGCGCCAUUCAGGAGAUUGAGCGGGCCGUUCUAGAGGAGGAUGGCGAGCAGAGUGCAGCACCAUCCACCCAGACGGAAGCAGCAGAAACAUACCCAACCCAAUCUGAGCCUGAAGCCCCACCAGCUAAAGAGGUAGAGCCGGUCUCCAAACCCGAGACGCAAGAGGAAAUAGUAACACCUUCUCAGCAGCAGGUGGAGGCAGAGAGCACUUCAGAACCUCCUGCUGAGUCAGCAGGUGACUCCAGUGCUGGUCAGUCUGAUAACAGCAAGGGCCAAUCACUGGCCACUGAAGUAACAAAGAAACAGGAGGAACAUCAGCCUAUUCAGGUGCAGGAGAAGCACAGUGACUCUGUGGAAGAAGAUUCUGGGAAGGGAGGGUCCACAGAUCCAGAGGUAGCCAAUGAGAUGUGAGACUGUAGGUUGAGUAGGGUUGCUUCGUUCAGCUUCAUGCAAAAGGUGAUGGAACGUAUUUUUGUUUAUUUGAUUGUGCACAAUAUUGUUUUUAAUAUUGUUUUUCGAGUUGGUUAUUUGAAAUCUUGUUUGCUAUUGAUUUCGGCCUCCUCCGUUCACAUGUUGUCAUUUUCUUCACACAUUUCCAUUGCCCUGGCUUGGCUACAGUCACAAGUCCCAUACAUCUCUAGGCUUCUUCUUCAUGCGAAAGCUCUCUGUGACCACUGCUGUCCUUCUCUCUUGUGUACUUUGCCAUGCUCUCACUGCAUCUUAGUUGUGAAAUUAGUGUCUAUUAACAUCAGGGCGGGAUCCUAAUCAGUUAUAAACUUGCUGCUCUACGGCCGGCUUCCAACAUGGGUCCAGUGUUCAAAGAACUGUACUGACAACGAUGGUAGAAACCGCUCACUUACCCCAUGCAUGCCAACUGGUGAGUGAAUAACACUCCAAUGUCGCUCGAAUGCUAGCAGAAAACACUGUAUUUAUGUUAAAAUAAUCUUUGUUUGUUAUAUUAUUUGUGUUUUCAUAAAUGUCUUCACUCCAAGUCCAGUAUGGUGUUUUGUAAAUAUUAAAUCAUGGGUUUAAUGACCUAGUAGCUUCUGAGCUUAUGGUGCUUUUUACCGCAGAUAAAAAAUUGAAUAGGUAGAGUGGAUAUUACUGGUCCUACCAUAUUUCUGAGGGCUUUUCAUUAACUAAUGAAUUGAUGGAGUAUUGUUGUUUUCCCUAUUCUUUAUCUGUUUCACCAAGUUUUUGACUCUCCAGUCCUCUUGAAUAUUUUCUGCAAUAUGUUGUAUGUCCCAUGACAAUGUGCUUUGCUAUUGUUGUAGUGGAGAUUAAUGAACUGAGAAGUAGACAAUGGCUAUUUAGGACAGGUAUCACUAUUUCAAAUUGAAAUGACAAACUAUCAAAAUAAUAUUGAUGUGCAAAAAAAACAUAAUCUUUAUAUGCCUACCUAGGUUCAUGCUAGUCAUUUUCACAACACUACUUUGGGAAUGUAACCGUCCAUUGCAAGGCCCUGACCAUUUUGAAACACAGUUUAUUUUUUAUUUAUUAUGCUGCACUUGGCAUCGAAUCAUAUUUUAUUUUCCUCGUUUUUUUACAUGUGUGUUUGGAAGAGUCUUUUAAGUAUUAUUUUACUCGUUUCAAUGAAAAUUCUUCACAAUAAAUCAUAACCAGUAACCUA